AUGGCGCCGCGACAUCUCCUACCUUCGGCAUCGCCUGUGCAAGUUGAAUCGCCACCACCUCUCUCACCACCAAGAUGGGCUGCGGAGGAAUGGGAGGAAUGGGAAGACCCUCCCGACGCAUUGCCUCCCUCACUACGUGCGUAUUCACAGCCUAGGCAGGAAUUUAAGGUGUCGAUCACAUCACCUGCUGGGCGCAUCCCGCUCUUCCGAGCUUGGCAGCAGGCCAUCUGGAAUGACACCGAAGCGGAGGUUGACGACCAACCGCUGAACAUGGAAUCAAAGCUGCGGGCAAUUCUCAGUCUGCGGGGCACACGAACCAUCGAUGUCGUCGGAGCGAUCAUCGACCCCCGCCCCGCCUUAAUCUUCCAGCUGAUAGGGCGUCCCAUUACCCUUCGUCUGCGUCGGGACGAGACGGGAAUUGCGCCGCAGAUGGCCAGCGGCGCGGCGCUUCCACCUGACUUCGACGUGAUCAAGCUGUACUCGCUCGUCGUCGAGAAUGUACACACAGCCGUCAUGUUCUGCGACCUCUGGGACACACUCCAUCCUGCGCUGCAGCACCCUGAUGUCUCGCACCCCUCUCUCACGCAGAGCAAGCAGCGACUCCGCCGCGUUGUACUCAACCUUUCGUUCGACCCCAGCACAUUGUUUAUCCCUCCCGAUCUUAACGACGCCGAAUUUCCUCUGAGCGUGCAUGAGGUCGUGCUUGUCUUCCGUGCGGUGCCAGGUCACCGGCCGCGCGGGGCAGUGCGGGCCGAGCCAGACGACAUCGCACGCUACCUCGACCUCCUAUUCGAAACUAUCGGCUUCUAUAUUCGCGACAUGGCACACACGAUCGUCAACGUCACGGACCUGAAUCCUGCGUGGGGCGGCAGCGAGGGCGCGGACUGGAUCACGCUUAUCAGAGAGAAGAUUCGUCGCGACCUUGCGCUGCGCUCGCCUGAACGCGAGCGCGAGGCGCCAGACGACCUCCUCCAGCGCCAACUGCGGUUCCUGUCUCUCGACGAGUUCCGGCAUGAAGUAGGCGAGGAACAGUUUCGCAUUGAGACAGUCGAAGAGCUGGACAAGCAGCCCUGA